UAUUAUUAGCCUACAUUGCUUUUUAUUAUUUACAAGGCUUAAAAUAUAUCCUUUUUUAUCAAAAUAUUUUCAUUUAAAUUUUUAUUUCUCUUAUUCCUAGUAAUCUCUACGAAAGGAACUAUAGCAGUCAUAAUUUCCCUUAUCUCUCGAUUCGAUUUUCAAAAAAAGGCGCUUUUUAAAUAGCAUUACAACCGAUGUGAUGAGCUUAUGGAAGAAUAAAACAUCUCAAAUAAUGCAAUCUCAUCAAGGCGCUAGUGGUACUGGUCAAACAUGUCAUGAAGGAAAAUGUCGCCACAGUGAAAAGGGUGCGAAUUGCCCAUGCCUAAAAUGUGAAUGCCCUAAGAAUUGUUGCAAGUGCUGCAAAAAUGAGACAAAAGGAGAAAAGUGUCAAAAAUGUUGCCAUGAUAAAGUAUGUCACGGCUGCGACAAAGGAUGUUGCCAUUGUUGUAAAAAAUGCUGCGACGAAAAACCUUGCCCACCUGGUCAAGAAUGUUCAUGUCCAGGAUGUGGAGUUUGUUCUAACAAAGAGAAAUGCAAAGUAAUUAGUUGCAAGAAAACUGAAUGCAAGACUUAAAUUAUAUUAGAAAGCUAAUUAUAUUAUCAGCUUGUUUUAACAUUCGUUUUAUAUAUAAAUUUUUUUUGCUUAUUCAUGUUAUUGGCGUUCGAAAUUUAUUGGAAUUAUUUUAAUUUAUUAUAAUUCGCCUGAUUUAUUAUAUUACGCACUGGAAGAUAUCGUAUGAUUUUUACUCCCAUUAACUAUAAAAAGAUGAAAUUUUAAAAUUACUCACUUUUUUUAUGUUGGCUAAUAAAAUUAGUCUUAAUUUGAUUCCAGUUUACAAUAAAGUUAAAUUUAUUUAAGCCUA